GUCUGGAGCAGCAUUUAAAUUCUGGGCGGUCUGGGUCGUCAGCAGCAGGAAGAGGAGGCAGCAUCAGCAUCGCCUGGGACCGGACUCCUCACACAUCAGCUGCAGCCUUCUCAGCCUUCUCAGCCUUCUCAACCUUUGCCGAGGAAAAAUCACCACCAUGAGAAUUGCCGUGAUUUGUUUUUGCCUGCUCAGCCUUACCUAUGCUCUGCCGGUUAAACUGGCUGAUUCUGGAAGCUCUGAGGAAAAGCAGCUUUACAACAAAUACCCAGAAGCUGUGGCCACAUGGCUAAAGCCUGACCCAUCUCAGAAGCAGAAUCUCCUGGCACCACAGAAUGCUGUGUCCUCUGAGGAAACUGAUGACUUUAAACAAGAGACCCUUCCAAGUAAGUCCAAUGAAAGCCAUGACCACAUGGACGAUGUGGAUGAUGAUGACGGAGACCACGUCGACAGCCAGGACUCCAUCGACUCAGAUGACUCUGAUGACGAUGAUCAUCCUGAUGACUCUCACCACUCUGACGAGUCUCACCAUUCUGAUGAAUCUGAUGAACUGGUCACUGAUUAUCCCACUGAUGUGCCAGCCACUGCAGUUUUCACUCCAGCUGUCCCCACAGUAGACACGUAUUACGAUGGCCGAGGUGAUAGUGUGGCUUAUGGACUGAGGUCAAAAGCUAAGAUGCUCCACAGACCUAACAUCCAGUAUCCUGAUGUAACAGACGAGGACCUCACCUCACACAUGGAAAGCGAGGAGUUGAACGGCGCAUUCAAGGCCAUCCCCGUGGCCCAGGGCCUGAAUGUGCCUUCUGAUUGGGACAGCCAUGGGAAGGACAGUCACGAGACAAGUCAGCAGGAUGACCAAAGCGCAGAAACCCACAGCCACGAACAGUCCAGACUAUACAAGCGGAGGGCCAGUGAUGAGAGCAACGAGCAUUCCGAUAUGAUCAACAGUCAGGAAACUUCCAAGGUCAGCCAUGAAAUCCACAGCCAUGAAGUUCAUAGCCACGAAGACCUGCUGGUCCUAGACCCCAAGAGUAAGGAGGAAGACACACACUUGAAGUUUCGCAUUUCUCAUGAGUUAGAUAGUACAUCUUCUGAAGUCAACUAAAGGGAGGGGGAAAAAAACAUUGCUUACUUGCUUUUAGUAAAAAGGAAAAAAUGCAUUGUAGCUGGAUGAGAGAGAACAUGAAAUGCCUAUUGCUCAGUUUAGUGGGUGAAUGUAUAUGCAAGUAAAUCUGGAAAUAGAUAUUAUGUUUGGUUCUUAGUUUAGUCUGUGGCUUUGUGGUAACACCCUUGUAAACUAAAAGCUUCAGGGUUUUGUCUAUGUCUUUUCAUAGAAGAAAUGCAAAAUAUCACUGCAUUUUAAUGUUUGUUAUUCUUUUCUGAAUAGAAAUUUAUGUAGAAGCAAACAAAAUACUUUUAUACACUUAAAAAAGAGAAUAUAACAUUUUAUGUCACCGUAAUCUUCUGUUUUUUAAAUUAGUGUAUAUUUUGUUGUGAUUAUUUUUGUUGGUGUGAAUAAAUCUUAUAUCUUGAAUGUAAUAAGAA